GAUUCAUCUUAUAAGCUUUCCUGAAGUUCUUCAUCACCCAUUAGAUCAUCAUCAUCCAAAUAAUUUGCUUCGUUGGGGAGGGGAGGUUCAAGAGCAUGGUGCAUGCCUAAUCGCAUAACCCGGAGCAGCAAAGAGAAGAACCUCGUCAAUUUGUCUACACUCGACUUGGGAAAGUUAGAACGCACGAACCGCAAAGCUCGCAAAACAUCAACAAUGGUUCGUGGAGAAAUCAGAGCUGAUGAAGAAGGGGUUUUGAGAGAUGAUGAUGGACAAGCCUACAAUGAGGCUGGACAGAGAUUGGACGAUCAAGGGAUUGUCAUACCUGAGGAUCUGAUUGUGGAUGAUCCUAAUAUCCACAAUCUUGCCGUUCCACCAAACGCAGUGGCAGCUCACGUCGAUGGUGUCGCUCGACACCACCAGGGUGUCGCUCGACACCAACUCCCUGCGGACGUGCAGAUCCGAGUUGGCCAGCAGGGCCAACAACAGCCGCCUGUCGCAGCGGCACGUCAGUUGACUCUUGGGGAUUACAACAGGCCAGACCUGUUCUAUGCUAAUCGAUCAGCGAUCGUACCUCCCCCAUUCCAGAGACAUGACUUCGAGUUGAAUCCCGCAUACUUCACUCUUGUGGGUCAACAUCCUUUCCAUGGCUUCUCCAAUGAACAGCCUAUGGAUCAUAUCGAGCGAUUUGAGGACUUAGUAUCUAGCAUCAAGGCUAAUGGAGUUUCAGAUGACUACCUUCUCUGCAAGCUAUUCCCAUACUCACUUGCUGGGGAAGCAGCUUCUUGGUUAAAGCAGUUGAAGCCAGGAUCUUUGACUAACUGGCAGAGUAUCAAGAUAGCUUUUCUCAACAAUUUCUAUGAUGAUGGCAAGUUUGAGGAGCAUCGCAACAAGUUGUCUACAUUCACUCAGGGACCAGCAGAAGCAUUCAAAGCUGCUUGGGUUCGAUUUAAGGAGUACCAACGAGAUUGCCCUCAUCACUGUUUCAGUGAAGUUCAGCUUAUCGGUACGUUCUUCAGAGGAAUAGAUUGGAGAUACCAGAUGGCUCUUGACGCUGCGAGCAAUGGUAACUUCAACACCAAGUACCCCAUAGAUGCUGUAGCUCUCAUUGAGAAUCUUGCUUGUAGCAACAGCACGAAGAACGCGGACUUCGAGAGAAAGAAGAUUGCAGGCGCAAUUACUGGUACUCAGUUCGCUAAGGUUAAUGCCAAGUUGGAUUCGGUCCACAGUCUCCUCACGGGAAAGAAAGCUGUUCACUUUGCUGCAGAGGUUGAGACUAUUGAACCAGAGGAAGAAUCUGAAGAAGGAGUGUUCUACAUUGAUGGACAAGGAUAUAUGAAGUUUGGACCUCCUCAAGGCAACUUCAGUGAUGGUGUUCUUCCUGGUAUGCCUGAUGCUAAUCCCAAGAGAACAUGUAAUGCGAUUCUGAUUCGUGAUGGAGAUGAUGUUUGGGAAGAGUUGGAUACUGAAGACGAGCUCGAGCUCGCAGCAGCAGAGCCGGUCAGAACAGCUCCUUAUGCUCUUGUUUUCCCACCGACCAAGCCUGUUUACACGCCUCCGGUUCCUUUUCCCAGGAAGCGUCGCUCUAAGCAAAAGAUUCAGGAUGCUCGCUGCAAGGCCAUCAUGGAGAAGAUCUUGACUUCUAUUCCUAAAGUCAAUCCCGAGACAUCUUCUCCAACACUUGAUCGAUAUGUCAAGCGUUUGGUAAACAACGGUAUCUGUGCUGAGGAAGCUGUUUUGCUCACCAAGGAUAUCAGUUUGAUUAUGCUGCAGGAAGCUAAGAAAGAGAGGAAGAAGAGAGUGGUUGUGUCUGAACACGUUAGCUCGAUUAUCCAGAGUCGAAUGCCUGAGAAGUUACCUGAUCCAGGAAGCUUUGCCGAGAAGAAUCACUUUGCUUCUCGCGGAUCGUUCUAAGCGUUAAAAUAAUGGAGGAGACACAUUUGGAUGCAAAAAAAGAGAAUUGAUCAUUCAGAUUCAGUCCAAAAGUCUCUCAAAGAUCGACUCGGAUGAAGAUCUUUCAUUGAGAUUUAGCUUUGGACCUCUUACACAUUUGCCAACGCGUGAUCGAUUAAGAAACUAGGGCAUUUCUG